CCCCGCCGCCGCCGCCGCCGCCGCUGAGCCCGCUCACUUUGCCUCUCUCUUCUGGACGGCGGCCGGGCUGCGUGCACCGGGGACCAGUGGAGCCCUGCCCACGGCGCCUCGGCUAACGCGGCGCGCCCUCCGGGAGGCCGGCACCACCUGGAGCCGCGGACACCCACCCGGACUCCGAAGGGCGAACCCGGGAGCGCGGGGCGGCGGCGGCACUGACACCGCGGAGGGGAACCCAGGCGGCGCGGGGCGCGAGCCCCCGGGGGAGCGCGGGCCCCGACGGCGCGGCCACCCCGUGCGCGCGGUGGCCAGGCCCCCCCGGGGCGGCCAGCCAUGACCUUCGUGCGCGGCGGGGCGGCCUCGGUGGUGCUGAACGUGGGCGGCGCCCGGUACUCGCUGUCCCGGGAGCUGCUCAAGGACUUCCCGCUGCGCCGCGUGAGCCGGCUGCACGGCUGCCGCUCGGAGCGCGACGUGCUCGAGGUGUGCGACGACUACGACCGGGAGCGCAACGAGUACUUCUUCGACCGGCACUCGGAGGCCUUCGGCUUCAUCCUGCUGUACGUGCGCGGCCACGGCAAGCUGCGCUUCGCGCCGCGGAUGUGCGAGCUCUCCUUUUACAACGAGAUGAUCUACUGGGGCCUGGAGGGCGCGCACCUGGAGUACUGCUGCCAGCGCCGCCUAGACGACCGCAUGUCCGACACCCACACCUUCCACGCGGCGGACGAGCUGGGCCGCGAGCAGGCUCGCCCUGCCGGGCCCGAGGCGGCUCCCUCCCGGCGCUGGCUGGAGCGCAUGAGGCGGACCUUCGAGGAGCCCACGUCGUCGCUGGCCGCGCAGAUCCUGGCCAGCGUGUCCGUGGUGUUCGUGAUCGUGUCCAUGGUGGUGCUGUGCGCCAGCACGCUGCCCGACUGGCGCGCGGCAGCCGCCGACAAUCGCAGCCUGGAUGACCGGAGCAGGUACUCCGCCGUCCCUGGGAGGGAGCCCUCCGGGAUAAUUGAAGCUAUCUGCAUAGGCUGGUUCACCGCCGAGUGCAUCGUCAGGUUCAUCGUCUCCAAGAACAAGUGUGAGUUUGUCAAGAGACCCCUGAACAUUAUUGACUUACUGGCAAUCACGCCCUAUUACAUCUCUGUGCUCAUGACAGUGUUUACAGGCGAGAACUCGCAACUCCAGAGGGCUGGAGUCACCCUGAGGGUACUCCGGAUGAUGAGGAUCUUCUGGGUGAUUAAGCUUGCCCGGCACUUCAUUGGUCUACAGACACUGGGCUUGACUCUCAAGCGAUGCUACCGGGAGAUGGUUAUGUUACUUGUCUUCAUCUGUGUUGCCAUGGCAAUCUUUAGUGCACUUUCUCAGCUUCUUGAACAUGGGUUGGACCUGGAGACAUCCAACAAGGACUUCGCCAGCAUCCCCGCUGCCUGCUGGUGGGUGAUUAUCUCCAUGACGACAGUUGGCUAUGGAGAUAUGUAUCCUAUCACAGUGCCUGGAAGAAUCCUCGGAGGAGUUUGUGUUGUCAGUGGGAUUGUUCUGUUGGCAUUACCUAUCACUUUCAUCUACCAUAGCUUUGUGCAGUGUUAUCACGAGCUCAAGUUUAGAUCGGCUAGAUAUAGUAGGAGCCUCUCGGCUGAGUUUCUGAAUUAAUGUGUUGCAGGAUCGGUCCUUGCUCGCCCUUCCUUUGGUUGAGAGUUGACGCUGCUUCUUAUCCGUGUGUUUCUUCUCCCGGGGUGAGCCGAGUAGUGGCAUUGUCAUGCUGGUGGGGAGAGUGACCCUUCCCAGAUGAAGGGGUAAAGGGACCUACGUUCAGGGUAGACAGGACCGGGACCUCACACGCCGAGAGUAAGCUUUAGGACCUGGCACUCUUUGGUCUUGGCUCUCGCAGUUCCGUGGUGGGAUGUUGUUAGGCACAUUAUUUGAACACUUGAAAGCAGAAAGACACCAUUCUCCAAAUGCUUUCCCGUCUUAACGAAUUCAGAAGAGGCUUGGAACUUACAGUGUUAUUUUUGAGACUAACAUUUUCAUUUCUAAAUGUUUUAUAAUUUCUCAUAUCAAUGUCAGAAGUAUCCUGGAAACAUAUGUCACAUGUGGGAACUGUUUAACAAAUACUUUAAAAAGUUGGCCCAAAUUUAAACUGUAUCGUGGAGCUAGAGACAAGCAAAAAUAUUAUUUGAAAAACUUUGCACACUUCUGGAUCUGCAGUUUAAUUUUUGUGCCCGGCGCUUCCCUUAUCUUAACAACUUCAUGGAACCUUAAGUGUGUUUCCUCUUCCUAGUUAGGCUCCCCACUUCCCUGAAAUAACUUCCAAAGAGUAUGUGACAACGGAGAGCGCUUCGUGUUGUUUAGUGUUUUGUUGGGUGAUAUUAGAAUCUAUUGCCGUGACUAGGCUGCCAGAGUCCUAACAUUCAGAUAGCCAAGAAUUUCUAACAUAAAAUGAUACUAGAAAUAGUUUGAUAUUCUGAUAUUCUCAAUGUUAGAACCAAUAGUUCUCUCCUGCAGCUCUUCACCCUCCCUCAGUACCAUGAGUUUAAAAGAUGAAAAGAUAUUUAUUUAGCCUUUGGCACAACAGUCACACUUAUGUGUUGUUUAGGUUGCCAUAAAAGGAGAAAUGUUACUAUCUUAGUUCAGUGUCACCAAGUCAACCCUAAGCCAGCUGUAAGCAGAGCAGACAGCAUUAUUUGUCCUGAUUCCCCAACACUGUGAAUCACAGUUAGACCAAAAUUCUUGCAAGGGUCUCAGGCAAUCAUGAACUCUGUCUAGAUCGCUAGUGUUAGGCUGCGCAGAAGUGAUGGCCAUUGAGUGCUAAAUUUUCACACUAUGAAUUAGACUGUUGAAUUUUCAAUAAAUCUUAAUAAAGAAAUCAUGUGAAUGCACACAAGAAUCAAAGUCACCAACUCACCAGUAAUUUAGUUUGCAUACUGUGAUUAUCAGGGGUGAAGGAAGUGGGCUAGGGCCUGGAUGUGCGUUUCAAAGAAAGAAGUUGCCAGAAGUGUCCACUAAAGGAAUAUUAGCCAUCAGUCAGCUUUCACCAUUACGGGUAGAGACGCCAAGGCAAGAGAGAGAGUGCACUAAUUAAGGAGUGAGGGAUGAAAUCUUCGCCUCCUGUAAGCAGGCCCAGUGGUUUCUUCUGCCCACACCUCUAGGUUUGGCAGGAACUGUCAUGAGCCACACUUCUUUCUUGUUGCCAUGAUCAGGUAAUAAUAGCAAAACCAUUUCCUGUUCCCUAAUUCCCUUUUCUGAAUGCUACUGGCCAUUAAAAAAAAUAAAUCUCGCCAUUUCUUUCCCAUUGCCUUCAUUGGUGUGCUGAAACUUCACACACUCGAUUGUUAUCUAUGUAUUUUUGUUGCAUUUUAACUGAACAUAUGGCAUAGUUUUAUUUAUUUUUAAGCUUUGUGAUUUAUGCAAAUCGUAUGCAGAUGAUAGCUCAUCUAUAUUAUUAGUAAGAAUAUGGUAACCUUUCAUUUUACUGGCACUGGGAUACUUCAUGUGAAUAUAUAUUACCUCUCUAAGCAACUUAGUACUCUUGUGAGCUGGGGCUCUCGCGGGCACACACACACACAUUGCCAUAUCCUCACAGUGUGUAUUACAGGCGGGCUGAUGUGUGGCAGAACCUGAUAGGAAGAGACAAAGAUGGACAUGCCUGGACACGCACAUGGUUAGCCACACGUGAGAUUCCACCCACUAACUCUGAGUUGCUUAUAGGUAGCAAGUGAUGACACUUGGCUUUUCACAGGGGCUGGCUUUCAUCAGUUCAGCCACCUGUUUAUAAACAAGGAGAUGAGACAUGAUAAACUGGUUCACUCAUAAAUGAGAAAAUACAACAGAGUUGAUUUGUCCUGUAAGGAUGCUGUAGCUUGUUAGGGACAGGCAUUUUACAGUUUUCUCUGAGUGUUACUGAAUUUUUUUGUUUUAAUUAUUUAUUUAUGUGUUUAUUUUGCUUUUUUGGAGAUAGGGCCUCUUGCUGUGUACAUAAGGCUGACCGUAAACUUGUGACAAUCCUCCUGCCUCUGCCUCCCAAGUGCUAAAAUUACAGGUGCAUGCCACAGCAUCCAGC